AUGAGAGCCCGUGAUUACUGUGAAGACUUUCUGCUCCCAAAGGUGCACAGGACCGUGUCAGACCUGUGGUUGGUUUACUCCAAGCCUGUCCCAGCAAACAGCAGAGAACAGGGCACCUUGUUCCUGCAGUGCUCCUGCGUGACAGCCGUGAUAGGAGGCCUCUUCUACAACUGGAUGUUUGCAUCCCUGGAGUAUUCCUGGCAUUUCUCUGUUGCAAUGGCCACCUCUUUCAGUCUGCUUCUUCUCCUGACCCUUUUCCUGGUGCAUCCUGCCCGCUGUGUCUUCAGUAUGAUCAUGCCUACGUUAGGCACCAAGCAAGGCCAGAAGCUUCUCUUGUCGACCUGCAUCAUGAUAGCAGCAGUGAACUUGACACCCAACAUCUUGAGCAACAUUAAAACCAUCCUGCAACUUAUCAGUUGCAUCUGCAAGAAUUCCUCUGAGAGCCUUUUAAACUCAACUGCUCUGCUAGGGACAGCUUCCUGGGAGUUUGGGAGUGUGAUCCAAGAAAACAUUGAUUCCAUUAAUAUUCACAGGCCCAUGAAUGGUCAUUUUCAGUUCUCACUGCUUACGAACAGCUCCUUGAUUUACCAGCAAUUGCACCUUGCUGGUGAGAAAAUUGGGAGGGACUUUUUGGCUGUUGAGGUACUGGUCAAAGACUCUGUACGAGUAGGCAACAGGCUGGUUGCUGGCUUCUCCAUGCUCUAUCUCUGCUUUGAGUCCAGCUGGUAUUUGAAAAACUACCUCACCAACCUCCGCUUUGACAAUUUUUAUGUCACCAAGAAGCUGGAGUCUUUAGCUGCGGAGAGAAAAGCAUCUCAUCUGCUGGUGGGCUCAACCAAAAACCUCCUUCGACCGACAGGCUUGAAGUUGUCCCGGGAAGAAGCGUUGCUGUGCCUUGUGCAAUCCAUGCUCCUCACCGUGGCCCUGCUGCUGCUGCUGCUGCUGGUGGCCAUGGACCACCUGGCGUUCCGCGUGGCCGACACGGCGGUGGGAAGGGCUGCUCAGUUCUCUGCAGUGCCCGUCACUCUCAGCAUCAAGUACAGUGCUGAAAUAAGUAUCCUGCCCUCUACUUUGAAACUUUUCGGGCUUUCUUCUCAUUUAUCACCUUGGGACUUUGAAAGAAGUUACCACCAUUAUCUGAACUUCAGCUCUGCCCACUGCAGGAUCAGCCCCCCGACACCUCCCAACCCCUCUGUGCUGCUUGUCCUGGGGCUGCUCUUCUGCAUCCUCUAUGCCACCACAUUCCUGGGGACCUACGCCCGCCGCCUGUGCAGAAAGAUUGCAGGCUCCUUCUUCGAGGGCUGGGAGGAGAAACGAGCACUUUACCUCUACAAGAAGCUGUCCAAGAAGCACAAGAAGGAGCAAAACUGUGUGAAAAAAUAA